GGGAGGAGGUGAAGAGUGGGGCCGCCUGCAGCGGAGAGGAUGGCGGAGGUGGCCGGCACUGUGCUCGGUGUGGGCACCGGCGUGUUCGUCUUAGCUCUGGUCUGGGUGCUGGCGCUGCUGCUGUGUGCGGUGUUGUCCAGAGCCUCCGGUGCAACCAGGUUCUCCGUGGUUUUGGUAUUCCUCGGUGCUCUGCUCAUCACGGCAGUCCUGUUGCUCUUCCCCCGCGCCAGUGAGACCCCAGCCCCAGAGGUGGAGAUGAAGAUCGUGGAUGCCUUCUUCAUUGGUCGCUACGUCCUGCUGGCUUGCCUCACUGCUGUCUUCCUCGGAGCUCUCUUCUUGGUUCUAACUCAUCACAUCCUGGAGCCAGUCUAUGCCAAACCACUGAGGUCCUACUGAGCACUGUUCACGAAAACCAAGACCCCGUCCUCUCCCUCACUUGGAUGUUACUCAUGAGCAAAAGGGUACUAGUUGGAGCCUUGUUUUUUUGUGGGUUUU